ACAAUUCUAUUUUGAAACAAUAAUAAGAAACAAUAAUGUUAGUAAGAAAACCAUUGAAGAAAGUGGAUAGUUUAGAAAAUUAUCUCGAUAGAAAUUUAAUCAGAUUUUUGAUUAAAUAAUACAUAUUUGAAAAUAUUAGUUGCAAAUUACAAACGUAGAUAAGAUUAUUAUUACAUUAUUUACCUUUAUUUGAUUUGGGAAGGUCAAAAAUGUCUCAUUUAAAUUUCUAAUUUCAAAUUAAAACAGUACUGUUUGUUCUAUAGAAUGCAGGUAAAAAUCAUGUCUUUCAGAUCGAUAACUUUAAUAAUUUGUAAUGCUUAUACAAAAACUGGCCAACAACAACGGUCAUUCAGUUUGCACAAACUUUCCGAACAACACUUACAAUUGCAAAAAACAUGUAGAGACUUUGCUGAAAAGGAACUGAAACCUAUUGCUGCUCAAUUGGAUGAGGAAAAGAAAUUUCCAGCUGCACAGAUUCAAAAACUGGGCCAAAUGGGACUUCUAGGAAUCACUGCAGACCCCAAGUAUGGGGGUCUUGGCGAAAACUCCCUAGCCCUAGCGGUUGCUGUGGAAGAAAUUUCAAAAGGCUGUGGUGGAACAGGUACCAUUGUAUCAAUACACAACGCCCUGUAUGUCAAUUUACUUCAAACCUUUGGCACCGAAAAUCAAAAAGAGAAAUUUCUUGCGCCCUUCACUUGUGGAACCCUUGGCUGCUUUGCUUUGAGCGAACCAAACGCUGGAAGUGAUGUCAGCGCCAUUUCAACCAUAGCAGUACCAGAUGGAGAUUCCUAUAUUUUAACCGGUACAAAGUCAUGGGUUACUAGUGGCAAAGAAGGCAAAGCAUCUAUAAUUUUUGCCACAAUAAAUCCAGCUUUAAAGCACAAAGGUAUUACUGCAUUUAUUGUUCCUGCCUCAACUCCAGGCCUUUCAACUGGAAAACCGGAAAACAAAAUGGGCAUUAGAGCUUCUUCAACUUGUAAUUUAAUCCUAGAAAAUGUACGUGUGCCAAAAGAAAAUCUUAUAGGUGCUCCAGGACAAGGUUUCAUUAUAGCAAUGCAACAACUAGAAAAGGCCCGGAUUGGUAUUGCCUCACAAGCCUUGGGGAUAGGUCAAGCAGCUUUAGAAUUAGCUGUGAAAUACUCUUGGGAAAGAAAAUCUUUUGGGGAGCCUAUUAAUAAGUUGCAAGUUGUAAAACUAAGACUGGCCGAUAUGGCAACGAAAUUAGAAGCAGCCCGUCUUUUAGUUUGGAGAGCUGCUGUUAUAAGUGAUGAAAAAUCGAGGACGACAAAGUAUACUUCUAUGGCUAAACUAGCUGCCAGUGAAGCUGCUACUUUUGUCUCUCACGGUGCUAUACAGAUUUUGGGUGGAAUGGGGUAUGUGAGUGACAUGCCAGCUGAAAGGUACUAUAGAGAUGCAAGAAUCACCGAAAUAUAUGCAGGAGUGAAUGAUGUUCAAAAAUUGUUGAUUGGGGAUAUGGUUAUUAAGGAUUAUCAAUGAUAUUUUGUGGUAUUUUAUUGUAUUAUUAAAAAAUGUAAUAUAUAUUUUAUUAAUUGUGUUAA